AUGUGCGCGACAUUAUUUGAGAGCUGGGGCAAGAUUCCGGCUGCUCGAGAGGAGUCUACGCUUGGUGAUGGUAUUUGGUUCGACAACCACACCAAUGCGUUGACCGAAAGCCAGGCUGAAUUAGACGCAAAUAAUCCUCAUAUUUCACGCCGUCCGCGGCCCGACCAAUUUUGCAUUCACCGCGUGUGCGGUAGCACCAAUUCCCUCCUCGCCGUUGAAUAUAAGCCACCGCAUAAACUUUCCGUGGAGACCCUCCGGGCAGGAGUACGACCGAUGGAAUUGUGGGAAGAGAUGGUCAAAUGCAACGCAGUGCCUACGGACCCUAUGGAGAAACUUAGAUACGAAUGGAUCGUCCAAUUCCAGCUCUCAAACUUGACUAUUGUGUAA